UCAGGCGAAAUGAGCACUACCCCGGCUUGGGGCAACUACCAUUGGGACAUGCUCGUGGAGAUGACCGUGAUUGGCGCAGUUUUCCCCUUAUACGAUGGCCUGAACUUGUAUGUACUCAGCCAAUGGUACCGUACGGGUUUCUUGGACUACAAGGAACAUCACGUCAUGAACGCUGUUUGGAGCAUGAGCAAAACCGCGGCUGCAGCAUUGCUGUUUUCCGCUCACGAUGCUCAUUUCUUUUGGCCUCACCCGGGCAUUACCCUUAUUUACCGUUGGGCUGUGCAGUUGGUGCCGCAAUUAUUGAUCUUGGUUCCAUACCUCCUGCGCAUCUUCCGCUACGUCGCAGCCGCACACGACUACGACCCUGUCGCAACGGCGGCGGGCACUGAAAUGGCCCGUGGUCUCCAGAGGACGGAGGUGAAUAAUAGUAAAGCCUGAGCUAAAUGCAGGGAUGCCAAGAUAAUGCCAAGGCCAGGGCGACUUGGAGUUGGUUCCGUAAAAUCCG